AUGCUGACAAUGCAAGUAGCGAAUAGCAUACACAACCAACUGACCACAUUCAAUUCACUCUAUUCGCUUAGAUUUUUACGUAUACAUUCGUUUAGUUUGAACUCCAAUAUUGUUGCCUUGUGCCAGACUCAGAUAAGUCACUAUUCUUUCUUUCUUUCUUUUCGCUUCUGUCUUUUUUUCCUUCUUUUACACCAACUAUUCUUUCUUCCUUUCUUUUAUUCUCCAAUUCUUUCUUUUUUUUUCAUUUCUUUCUUUCUUUUUUUUUUUUUUUUCUUUUAUUCUUUUCCUUUUUUUUUCUUUUUCUUCUUUUUUUUCUUUCUUUUUUCAAGAAUCCUUUUUUCAUUUUAUUCUUUCUUUCUUUCUUUCUUUCUUUCUUUCUUUCUUUCUUUCUUGCUUGCUUUCUUUUGCCACAGUUCUUUCUUUUCUUUCUUUCUGUCUUUCUUUCGUCACUAUUCUUUCUUUCUUUCUUUCUUUCUUUCUUUCUUUCUUUCUUUCUUUUGCCACAGUUCUUUCUUUUCUUUCUUUCUGUCUUUCUUUCGUCACUAUUCUUUCUUUCUUUCUUUUCGCUUCUGUCUUUUUUUCCUUCUUUUACACCAACUAUUCUUUCUUCCUUUCUUUUAUUCUCCUUUAUUCUUUUAUUCUUUCUUUUUUCAAGAAUAUUCUUUCUUUCUUUUUCUUUUUUCUUUCUUUCUUUCAUUUGCUUUUUUCUUUUUUUUUUUCUUUCUUUCUUUUUUUCUUUUCUCUUUUCUUGCUUCUUUCUUUUCAUUAUUCUUUCUUUCUUUCUUUCUUUCUUUUCUUUCUUUCUUUCUUUCUUUCUUUCUUUUCUUUUUGCUUUUCUUUCUUUUCUUUCUUGCUUGUCUUUCUUUUCACUGCCACAGUUUUCUUUUCUUUUUCUUUCUUUCUUUCUUUUGCCACAGUUCUUUCUUUCUUUCUUUCGUCUUUCUUUCGUCUAUUCUUUUUUUUCUUUCUUUCUUGCUUGAUUUCUUUUGCCACAGUUCUUUCUUUCUUUCUUUCUGUUUUCUUUCGUCACUUUCUUUCUUUCUUUUUUUUCUUUCUUUCUUUCUUUUCCUUCUUUUUUUUUCCCUCUUUUAUUCUUCUUUCUUCCUUUCUUUUAUUCUCCGUUAUUCUUUUAUUCUUUCUUUUUUAACGAAUAUUCUUCUUUCUUUCUUUCUUUCUUUCCUUUCUUUCUAUUGA